UAUUAACUAAUUUAUUAAUUCAACUGAGUUCGACAAAUAAUACACACAAAUAGUCAUUGAAAUAAAUAAUGUCUUAUCGAGAUAUUAGAAACUUUUACGAGAUGCUAAGGGCUUUGGGGUAUCCCAACGUUUUAUCAAUGGAGAGUUUUCGUCAUCCCAAUUUUCCGCAAGUUGCUGACCUUGCUGUUUGGUUGGCUAAAAGAUUCGAUCCGGAAAUUGAAUUGCCUUUUGAUAUUGAAAACGAAGAAGGAAGGGUAACACUAAUAAAAAAUGUGGCAAACUUUAUGGUUACAAAGGCGAACAUUAAGUUAAACACGAAGAGACUUUACCAAGCUGAUGGCUAUGCCGUCAAAGAAUUAUUGAAGGUGGCGAGCCUUUUGUACGAGGCAUUACAAGUAACCACUUUAGACGGGAAGGAUGGCGGCACAGAACGAAGUUCGAUAUCGUUCAAGGACUUUGACAUUUCCGACAGAGCUCAUGAAGUGAAACAAGCGAGACAACUAGCAAGUGAAAUAACUGCUAGUGCUGCAAAUCUUUUCGAUCUUCUUGGAAAGGAAAGUGAUUUAAGGAUAGCACGUCAAAUUAGUAUGAAUCGCCAGUACGAACCUAGCGAGGUGGAAAACAGCAUAACAAAAGCAAUCGAAGCCGUUUCAGCAGAAAUCGACGAAACCCAACGGCAAAUUAAUAACAUCUCCACAACCGAAGCCAACCUAGAUUCGAAAAUCGAACGCAGAAAAGUAGAAAUUGAUCGUUACGAAAAGCGAUUACAAACUCUCAACAAAGUUAGGUCAGUCAGAAGUAUUUGUCUUUUUUAUUAA